AUAAAAAAAAGAUAGAAACUGAAAUGCAACGAUAAUGGCUGUCGGCUGUUAAAUGUUGAAUAUUUGUACCACUGAGGUGACGUGGCAAUGUUUUUAAAUUAGCAAAAAAAGUAAUAAUAAAUAUAAUUGUUUAACAUAAAAAAAUCAAAGAUGAAUGCUUUUAAACGUGAUAAAAAAGAAGAGGAAGAUGGAGGUGGAAAUCCGUUUCAAAAUUUGGAAAAAACAACAGUGCUCCAAGAAGCUCGAACAUUCAAUGACACACCCGUGAAUCCCCGAAAAUGUGCUCAUAUACUAACAAAAAUAUUGUAUCUAUUAAACCAAGGCGAGCAGCUUGGUACCACGGAAGCAACAGAAGCAUUUUUUGCAAUGACAAAAUUAUUUCAAUCACGAGAUGUAAUUUUACGUCGCUUAGUUUAUCUGGGAAUCAAAGAAUUAAGCCAAGUAGCUGAAGAUGUAAUAAUAGUAACAUCUAGUUUAACUAAAGACAUGACUGGCAAAGAGGAUUUAUACCGAGCAGCAGCAAUACGUGCUUUGUGUACCAUAACAGAUGGUGGAAUGUUGGCUGCAAUUGAAAGAUAUAUGAAGCAAGCAAUUGUUGAUAAAUCACCAGCAGUGUCAAGCGCUGCUUUAGUAUCAUCCCUUCAUUUAAGCAAUGUUUCUGGUGACAUUGCUCGCAGAUGGGCUAAUGAAGCCCAAGAGGCGCUUAAUUCCGACAAUGUUAUGGUACAAUAUCACGCUCUUGGUGUUUUAUACCAAGCCAGAAAAUCAGAUAAACACGCAGUUAUUAAAUUAGUUGCUAAAUUAAUAAAAAAUGUCCAAAAAAGUCCGUACGCAACUUGUAUGUUGAUAAGAAUGGCUUGUAAAUUAUUAGACGAGACAAAUAAUGAGAAUACUGAAUUGCUUGAAUUUAUAGAAGCGUGUUUGAGACAUAAAUCAGAAAUGGUUGUCUAUGAAGCCGCUCAUGCUUUGGUUAAUUUAAGUCAGAGCGGAAUUCGUGAAAUUGCACCUGCAAUAAGCGUGCUUCAAUUAUUCUGUGGUUCUCCAAAAGCUGCACUUAGAUUUGCUGCUGUACGUACAUUAAAUAAAGUAGCCAUGACUCAUCCAGCGGCUGUAACAGCUUGUAAUUUAGACCUUGAAAAUUUGAUCACUGAUUCAAAUCGUUCUAUAGCAACCCUGGCGAUUACUACAUUAUUAAAAACAGGCGCUGAGAGCUCUGUUGAUCGUUUGAUGAAACAAAUUGCAACAUUUGUAUCAGAAAUCUCAGAUGAAUUUAAAGUUGUUGUGGUACAAGCAAUUAGAGCAUUGUGUCAAAAGUUUCCUCGGAAACAUUCUGUUCUAAUGAACUUCUUGUCGGCAAUGCUGAGAGAUGAAGGUGGGCUGGAAUAUAAAGCGGCUAUUGCUGACACAAUUAUUGCAGUCAUGGAAGGCAAUGCUGAAGCUAAAGAAGCUGGUCUUGCUCAUUUGUGUGAAUUUAUUGAAGACUGUGAGCAUACUUCACUUGCUGUUAGAAUUCUGCAUCUUCUAGGACAAGAAGGACCUACAUCAAAAAAUCCUUCUAGGCACAUUCGUUUUAUUUACAAUCGAGUUAUUCUGGAAAGCGCCAGUGUUAGAGCUGCUGCUGUAGCUGCGCUUGCUCAUUUUGCAGCAGUCUGUCCGGAUUUACUUCCUAAUGUACUUGUUUUAUUAUCACGCUGUCAAUUAGAUUCUGAUGAUGAAGUACGUGAUCGUGCUGCCUAUUACUGUAAAAUUCUUAAAGAACGUGAAGAUUCUUCAUCGUUAUCUACGCUAAUUCAUCCACCGCAAUUAUCUAUUCCAAGUCUAGAACGCGCUUUACAUAAUUACAUUCAAUCGCCUAUGGAUCAACCGUUUGAUAUAAGUCAAAUUCCACCUGGUCAGACUAUUCAAGAACCAAAUCCUGCGGAGAUAAAAUUAAUUACAAGACCGGCUCAGCCGAGAUUGACACGUGAAGAACAUUUCACUGAAAAAUUGUCCCAAGUUCCGCAAUUGAUGAUGAUUCUUAAAAAAUCACCGCUGUUUAAAUCAUCAGCUACAUUUGAACUUACUGAGUCUGAAACUGAGUACAAUGUCAAGUGUAUUAAACACUCUUGUGGUGAUUUUCUUAUUCUACAAUUUGAUUGCUUGAAUACGUUAUCUGAUUUAGUAUUGGAGGAUGUUAGUGUUGCUAUAGAACCACCUGAAGGUUAUACUAUUAUUGGGGAAAUUCCUUGUCCGAGAUUGACAUACAAUGAACCGGGUACAACUUACACUAUUUUACAAUAUCCAGAGGAUAUUAAUUCAAGUGUUAUGUCAACGCCAGCUACACUUAAAUUUAUCGCACGGGAUUGUGAUCCUACAACUGGUUUACCUGAAGCUGAUCAAGGAUAUCAAGAUGAAUAUAUGCUUGAAGAUCUUGAAGUUACUCUGUCUGAUCAAAUGCGCGGAUCAGGAACAAGAGGAAUAGACAUAAAUGCUGCCUGGGAAGCAGCUCCAACACGUGGAUUCACUUGUAUGGAAGAUACAUUUGCUCUAGGAGCCAAUGUUACCACUUUAGAAUCAGCUGUACAGAGUCUUAUUGGUUUCUUGGCUCUUGAACCAGCAGACCGAACCGAUAAAGUUUCUCCAGGAGCUACAUCUCAUGUAUUAUUCCUCCAUGGUUAUUUCCGUGGUGGAAAGGAAAUAUUUUCACGCGCUAGAUUAGCUCUUGCUGAAUCACAAGUUACAAUGCAAUUGUCCGUACGUUCUCAAGAUCCUGAUGUCGCGGCACUUGUUCUUGCAUCUGUUGGUUAAAUUUUUUUUAUCAUCAAUUAUUAUAUACAACACAUUACGAAUCAAUUUAUAUGAUAAGUGAUUAAUAAUAAUUACAAUAACAAAAAUAGGUAAUUAUUGUACAGAAAAUAUUGGUUAAUUAGUAAUCAAUACUAUUAUUACUCUGAUUUUACUUCAUUUCCUAUUUUUAUUAUUUUAUUAU